AAGAUUCGUACUCCACCCGCAGCAGCCAUGAUGCAAGAAGGGCUGGACGAUGGUCCCGAUUUCCUCUCCGAGGAGGACAGAGGACCAAGAGCAGUUAACGUCGACCUACAAACUGAUGCCACAUUACAAGUGGACAUUUCGGAUGCUUUGAGUGAGAGGGAUAAGGUGAAAUUUACUGUUCAUACAAAGAGCACUCUGCCCAACUUCAAGCAGAAUGAGUUCUCAGUCGUCCGACAGCACGAGGAGUUCAUUUGGCUCCAUGAUUCUUUUGUGGAGAAUGAGGAAUAUGCUGGCUAUAUUAUUCCGCCUGCUCCUCCACGGCCAGACUUUGACGCCUCCAGAGAAAAACUGCAGAAGCUAGGUGAAGGUGAAGGCUCUAUGACCAAGGAGGAAUUCACCAAAAUGAAACAGGAACUUGAGGCUGAAUACUUGGCCAUCUUUAAGAAAACCGUAGCGAUGCACGAGGUCUUUCUGUGUCGUGUGGCCGCUCACCCCGUCCUGAGAAAAGACUUGAACUUUCACGUUUUCUUAGAGUACAACCAGGACUUGAGUGUAAGAGGGAAAAAUAAGAAGGAGAAGCUGGAGGACUUCUUUAAGAAUGUGGUGAAGUCCGCGGACGGCGUUCUGGUUGCGGGAGUGAAGGAUGUAGACGAUUUCUUUGAGCAUGAGAAGACAUUCCUUUUAGAGUACCACAACCGCGUGAAAGACGCGUCAGCUAAAUCGGACAGAAUGAUCAGAUCUCACAAAAGUGCUGCAGAUGAUAUCAACAGAAUUGCCUCCACACUGUACGUUUUAGGGACACAGGACUCAACAGACGUCUGCAAAUUUUUCUUAAAAGUGUCAGAGCUAUUCGAUAAAACACGGAAAAUUGAAGCGCGUGUAGCCGCUGACGAGGACUUGAAACUCGCUGACUUGUUGAAGUAUUACCUCAGGGAGUCGCAAGCUGCUAAGGACCUCUUGUACAGACGAGGAAGGGCACUACUUGAUUACGAGAAUGCAAAUAAAGCCCUUGAUAAAGCAAGGGCUAAGAACAAAGAUGUCCUUCAAGCAGAAACCACACAGCAGGUCUGCUGUCAGAAAUUUGAGAAGAUCUCUGAAUCUGCAAAACAAGAACUGAUAGACUUCAAGACAAGACGAGUAGCAGCAUUCCGUAAGAACCUGGUGGAACUAGCAGAGCUGGAACUCAAACAUGCUAAGGGUAAUCUACAAUUGUUGCAAAGCUGUCUGGGAGUUCUAAAAGGAGACACUUAGGUUUUGUUCCUAUGGAGCUCAUCGUUUUCGGAGCUCCUCCUCUUUUGGUCUCGUCUUCGUCCGGAGCAUGGAGGAGAGAUCGUAUGUGGGGUCAGUUUGUCCAAAAGACGUCUGUAGACAUCACUACCACAGACACCAUAACUCCCUCCACUACCCUUAAACAUGAGGACGUCAGCUGUGGAAAAGAAAUUUAAAAAAAAAAAAAAGCUCCUGACUCCACACAGCACAAACAACCUGCAAUUUCAUCUAAUCAUGUCAUCUUUUAAUUGUUCGGUGUCAUUUUUUUUGUUUUUAAUGGGAUUCGCUUAAUUUUGUUGUCCAAUAUCACUUCUCAUUUCCGUUGUUUGUCAGA